UGCGCAGCGGCGUAGCGGCUGGACCGCGGAGCCGACGGUACUAUGCCGGUCACCGGGAAGACUUUCCGACGGCGUCGGGUCGACUCGGAGUCGGAGGAAGAUGAGCAGGAUUCAGAGGAGGUUCGAUUAAAACUGGAAGAGACCCGAGAGGUGCAGAAUUUGAGGAAGAGGCCCAAUGGGGUGAGUGCUGCCGCCCUGCUGGUGGGAGAGAAGGUACAAGAAGAGACUACGCUAGUGGAUGACCCCUUCCAAAUGAAGACAGGUGGCAUGGUGGACAUGAAGAAACUGAAGGAAAGAGGCAAAGACAAAGUCAGUGAAGAGGAGGACCUGCACCUGGGGACAUCAUUUUCUGCAGAGACCAACCGGAGGGACGAGGAUGCAGACAUGAUGAAGUACAUUGAGACAGAGCUAAAGAAGAGGAAAGGGAUUGUGGAGCAUGAGGAACAGAAAGUGAAGCCAAAGAAUGCGGAGGACUGUCUUUAUGAGCUUCCAGAAAACAUCCGGGUCUCCUCGGCUAAGAAGACUGAGGAGAUGCUUUCCAACCAGAUGCUGAGCGGCAUCCCCGAGGUGGACCUGGGCAUUGAUGCUAAAAUAAAAAACAUCAUUUCCACGGAGGAUGCCAAGGCUCGCCUGCUGGCAGAACAGCAAAACAAGAAGAAGGACAGUGAGACAUCCUUCGUGCCCACAAACAUGGCUGUGAAUUAUGUGCAGCACAAUCGAUUUUAUCACGAGGAGCUCAGUGCCCCCAUACGGAGAAACAAAGAGGAGCCCAAAGCCCGGCCCCUGCGAGUGGGCGACACAGAGAAGCCGGAGCCUGAGCGGUCCCCUCCUAACCGAAAGCGUCCUGCCAAUGAGAAGGCCACAGAUGACUAUCACUAUGAGAAGUUCAAGAAGAUGAACAGGCGGUACUGAAAUACGCAAGGCCAUAUAAAUAGCGCAUGCAUGUCCCAGUGCAGAAGGCCUCCUGGGCAGAACCUGCUGCAUAACUGGCAGACGGUCCCCAAACAGACUGUGAUGGCACUGCUGCUUACCUGCUGAAGAUCAUGUCUCCCUUUGUAGCCCAGGCUGGCCUUGAACAAUUUGAGAUCCUCCUGCCUCUGCCUCCUGAGUGGUGGAAUUACAGAUGGCACUGCCACAUCUGGCUUCUCACUGGAUUUCUCCAGUACUAGAUUUGUAAACUUUUGGAACAAAACAAUGUGUGGUUUUCCUAUUUGGGACAAACUAUUCUUAAGAGCGUUAUUAAAUCUUGUUUAUAAAUUUGUUGACACUUUUUUUUUUGCUUAUACUGGGGUUUGAACUCAGGACCUUGUGCUUGCUAGGCAGGUGCUAUAUACCAU